GAGAGAGAGAGAGAGAGAGCUACUCCUGGACCCCUUCUCACUCGGACUCUGAUCAGCUGUCACAUCCCACCAGUCUUCAGUCAUUACUAAGACAUCAUGUCUGGAAGCCAGCUCAGCGAUACUGAAAAGUUUCUCUUUGUGGAUAAAAACUUCAUGAACGAUCCACUGGCCCAGGCCGACUGGUCAGCGAAGAAGCUCGUCUGGGUGCCCUCGGGACGCAAUGGCUUUGAAGCUGCAAGCAUCAAGGAGGAAAAGGGGGACGAAGUCCUUGUUGAAUUGAUGGAAAAUGGGAAGAAAGUAACAGUUGGCAAAGAUGACAUCCAGAAAAUGAAUCCUCCAAAGUUCUCCAAAGUGGAGGACAUGGCAGAACUCACGUGCCUGAAUGAAGCAUCGGUGCUGCAUAAUCUGAGACAGAGAUACUACUCGGGGCUAAUCUAUACAUACUCAGGUCUUUUCUGUGUGGUCAUAAACCCAUACAAAAUGUUGCCCAUCUACUCUGAGAAGAUUGUAGACAUGUACAAAGGAAAAAAGAGACAUGAAAUGCCACCGCACAUCUACGCCAUUGCAGACACCGCUUACAGGAGCAUGAUGCAGGAUCGUGAAGACCAGUCCAUUCUGUGCACAGGAGAAUCUGGAGCUGGCAAAACAGAAAACACAAAGAAAGUAAUUCAGUAUCUGGCUGUUGUUGCUUCCUCACACAAGAGCAAGAAGGAUGCCAGUGCUAUUCAAGGUUCCUCUUUUGCAUACGGGGAGCUGGAAAAGCAACUCCUUCAAGCCAACCCUAUUCUGGAGGCCUUUGGCAAUGCAAAAACAGUAAAAAAUGAUAAUUCCUCACGAUUUGGAAAGUUCAUCCGUAUCAAUUUUGACGUCACUGGUUACAUAGUUGGAGCGAACAUUGAAACCUAUCUGCUUGAAAAGUCACGUGCCAUUCGCCAAGCAAAGGAUGAGAGGGCAUUCCACAUUUUCUAUUAUUUGCUGUGUGGUGCUAAUGAGAAAAUGAAGAACGAUCUGCUCCUAGAAUCUUUCAACAGCUACAGGUUCUUAUCCAGCGGCCAGGUAUCCAUCUCUGGGCAGGACGAUAGCGAAGUAUUUCUGGAGACGCUGGAGGCCAUGGCCAUUAUGGGAUUCACCGAUGAAGAACAAAACUCUAUCCUGAAGAUUGUCUCAGCCGUGUUACAGCUCGGCAACAUCGCUUUCAAAAAGGAGAGGAACACAGACCAGGCUUCGAUGCCGGACAACACCGCUGCGCAGAAGGUUUGUCAUCUGUUGGGCAUGAACGUGACGGAUUUCACCAGGGCCAUCCUGACCCCUCGCAUCAAAGUUGGCCGCGAUUUUGUGCAGAAAGCACAGACCAAAGAGCAGGCUGAUUUUGCCGUGGAAGCUUUGGCCAAAGCGAUGUAUGAACGUCUGUUUCGUUGGUUACUUGGACGAAUCAACAAAGCCCUGGACAGGACCAUGAGACAGGGAGCCACGUUCCUUGGAAUUCUUGACAUUGCUGGCUUCGAGAUAUUCGAGGACAAUUCCUUUGAGCAGCUCUGCAUCAAUUACACCAACGAGAAGCUCCAGCAGCUGUUCAACCACACCAUGUUCAUACUGGAGCAGGAAGAGUACCAGAGAGAGGGCAUUGAGUGGAAUUUCAUUGACUUUGGUCUGGAUCUGCAGCCCUGUAUAGAAUUGAUUGAGAGGCCGACUAACCCACCAGGUAUCCUGGCUUUGCUGGAUGAAGAGUGCUGGUUCCCGAAAGCCACGGAUAGGUCGUUUGUGGAUAAAGUGGUCCAGGAGCAAGGCAGUCAUCCCAAAUUCGCAAAACCAAAGCAACUGAAGGACAAGGGAGACUUCUGCGUUGUUCACUAUGCUGGCAAGGUCCCUUACAAUGCAGAAAACUGGCUGACCAAGAACAUGGACCCGUUGAAUGAUAAUAUUACCAUGCUUCUGAACCAGUCGCCUGACAGAUACGUAGGAGAACUCUGGAGGGACGUGGACCGCAUCGUUGGAUUGGAUCAAGUGGCGAAGAUGAGUGAAAGUUCCGCCGGCUCCUCAAAGACCAAAAAAGGCAUGUUCCGCACCGUGGGGCAGUUGUACAAGGAGCAGCUGGCCAAGCUGAUGACCACCCUGCGCAACACCAGCCCCAACUUUGUGCGUUGCAUCAUUCCAAACCACGAGAAGAGGGCUGGCAAGCUCGAUGCCCACCUGGUGCUGGAGCAGCUGAGGUGUAACGGUGUUUUGGAAGGAAUCCGCAUCUGCCGCCAAGGAUUCCCAAACAGAAUCAUCUUCCAGGAAUUCCGUCAGAGAUAUGAAAUCCUAACACCAGGUGCCAUUCCUAAAGGAUUCAUGGAUGGAAAACAGGCCUGUGUGCUCAUGAUCAAAGGUCUGGAACUGGACUCUAACCUGUACAGGAUUGGACAGAGUAAGAUGUUCUUCCGAACCGGUGUCCUGGCUCACUUGGAAGAGGAGCGAGACUUGAAAAUUACAGACAUCAUUAUUACUUUCCAAGCUCAAAGCAGAGGCUACCUCGCCAGAAAGGCUUUUGCCAAGAGACAGCAGCAACUCACUGCGAUGAAAGUGAUUCAGAGAAACUGCGCGGCUUACCUUAAACUUCGCAACUGGCAGUGGUGGAGGCUGUUCACAAAGGUUAAGCCACUGCUGCAGGUUACUCGGCAGGAGGAGGAAAUGCAGAUAAAGGAGGAAGAGAUGACGAGGAUCAAAGAAAGACAAGAGAAGGCAGAAUGUCAGCUCUCUGACCUUGAGAAGAAACACAGCCAGUUGGUGGAAGAGAAGACCUCACUUCAGGAGCAGCUUCAGGCCGAGACAGAGCUGUUUGCUGAGGCAGAAGAGAUGAGGAUACGUUUAGAGGCAAAGAGGCAGGAGCUGGAGGAGAUUCUCCACGAGAUGGAAGUCAGAAUAGAAGAGGAGGAAGACCGAAAUCAGCAUAUGCUAAACGACAAGAAGAAAAUGCAGACACAAAUCCUGGAUCUGGAGGAACAGCUGGAUGAGGAGGAGGCAGCUCGACAGAAGCUUCAGCUGGACAAAGUGACCGUCGAGGCCAAGCUCAAAAAGAUGGAGGAGGAUAUCAUCAUGCUGGAGGAUCAAAAUACCAAAUUUGCAAAGGAGAAGAAGUUGCUUGAUGAAAGAAUAGCGGACUUCACAACCAAUCUUGCCGAGGAGGAAGAAAAGGCGAAGAACUUGACAAAACUGAAGAACAAACAUGAAUCUAUGAUUUCAGAUCUCGAAGUGCGCCUUAAGAAGGAAGAGAAGUCCAGGCAAGAGCUGGAGAAAUUGAAGAGGAAGUUAGAGGGAGAGGGCAAUGAUCUCAGUGAACAGAUAGCGGAACUGCAACAGCAGAUUGCUGAACUGAAGAUGCAACUUGCGAAGAAAGAGGAAGAGCUACAGGCAGCCCUGAGCAGGCUGGACGAUGAAACUGCACAAAAGAAUAACGCCCUGAAGAAAAUCCGUGAGUUAGAAACUUUCAUAUCAGAUCUGCAGGAAGAUUUAGACUCUGAGAAGGCGGCCCGCAACAAAGCUGAGAAACAGAAGAGAGAUUUGGGUGAAGAACUGGAGGCUUUGAAGACGGAACUUGAAGAUACCUUGGGCACCACAGCUACACAGCAAGAGCUGAGAGCUAAGAGAGAACAGGAGGUGUCCGAAAUGAAGAGAGCGCUGGAUGAAGAGACAAGAGCACACGAAGCCCAGAUCCAUGAUAUCCGACAGAAACAUGGACAGGCUAUGGAGGAGCUCACAGAGCAGUUGGAGCAAGUAAAGCGGGUUAAGUCUAACCUUGAUAAGAACAAGCAGGCUCUUGAAAAGGAGAACAGUGAACUCUGUAUUGAGGUCAGGUCACUGUCCACAGCCAAGGCAGAUCUGGAACACAAGAAGAAAAAACUGGAGUCUCAACUACAGGAGUUCCAAGUCAAGGUGUCCGAUGGAGAACGUGUCCGGGUCGAGCUCAAUGACAAAGUGCACAAGUUGCAGGGUGAGCUUGAAAAUGUGACCAUCAUACUUGGUGAAGCUGAAAGUAAGACCAUUAAACUCACGAAAGAUGUGUCAAGCCUCGGAUCUCAGCUGCAAGACACGCAGGAGCUGCUCCAGGAAGAGACUCGGCAGAAACUGAGCCUGUCUACCCGCCUGCGUCAGAUGGAGGACGACAAGAACAGUCUCCAGGAACAGCUGGAGGAAGAGGGAGAAGCCAAGAGGAACUUGGAGCGACACAUUUCUACCUUGACCGUGCAGCUGUCAGAUGCUAAGAGGAAGGUAAACGAGGACAGUUCCACAAUAGAGAGUCUGGAGGAGUCAAAGAAGAAACUUCAGAGGGAAAUGGAAGCGAUUACUCAGAGCUUUGAAGAGAAAGGAGCUGCCUACGACAAGCUGGAGAAAACCAAGAACAGGCUACAGCAGGAGCUGGAUGACCUUCUGGUGGAUCUGGACAAUCAGCGGCAAUUAGUUUCCAACUUGGAGAAGAAGCAGAAGAAAUUUGAUCAGAUGCUGGCGGAGGAAAAGAACAUCUCCGCUAAAUAUGCGGAUGAAAGGGACAGAGCAGAGGCCGAGGCUCGUGAGAAGGAGACCAAGUCUUUGGCGUUGACCCGAGCUUUGGAUGAGGCUUUGUCAUUCAAGGAAGAUCUGGAGAGAGUCAACAAGCAGCUGCGGGCCGAGAUGGACGAUCUUGUGAGCUCCAAGGACGACGUAGGAAAGAAUGUGCACGAUCUGGAGAAGGCCAAACGUGCCUUGGACCAGCAGGUGGAGGAGAUGAAGACGCAGUUGGAAGAACUCGAGGAUGAGCUGCAAGCGACAGAAGAUGCCAAGUUGAGGUUGGAGGUGAACCUGCAGGCCAUGAAAGCCCAGUUUGAACGGGAUUUGCAGGCACGCGAUGACCAGAAUGAAGAAAAGAGGAGGCAACUUGUUAAGCAGGUCCACGAGCUCGAAACUGAACUGGAAGAUGAACGUAAGCAACGCAUGCUGGUGGCUGCUGCCAAGAAGAAGUUCGAGAUAGACCUGAAUGAUCUCGAGGGUCAGGUGGAAACUGCUCAUAGGAGCCGAGAGGAAACCAUAAAACAGCUGCGGAAACUUCAGGCUCAGAUGAAGGAUUACCAACGGGAGCUUGAGGAGGCUCGGAACUCCCGGGAAGAGGUCCUGGCUCAGGCUAAAGAGAACGAGAAAAAGGCAAAGAGUCUCGAAACAGAUCUGCUCCAGCUUCAGGAGGAUUUGGCGGCCGCAGAUCGCGCCCGGCGACACGCUGAACAGGAGAAAGAUGAAAUGGCGGAAGAGUUAGCAAGCAACAUCUCUGGAAAAUCAGCACUCCUGGAUGAGAAACGCCGCCUGGAGGCCAGAAUAGCACAGAUGGAGGAGGAGCUGGAAGAGGAACAAGGCAACAUGGAGACACUGAACGACCGCCUCAGGAAGGUGGUACAGCAGUCCGAGCAGCUGUCCAAUGAACUGGCAGCCGAGCGAAGCUCCAACCAGAAGAAUGACGGUGCUCGGCAGCAGCUGGAGAGGCAGAAUAAGGAGCUGAAGGCAAAACUGCACGAAAUGGAGGGGGCAGUGAAAUCCAAGUUCAAAUCAACCAUCACCUCUCUGGAGGCCAAGAUCGCCCAGUUGGAGGAGCAGCUCGAGACAGAAGCCAAGGAGCGUCAAGCCACCACCAAGGCUGUCCGACGCUCAGAGAAGAAGCUGAAGGAGGUCCUGAUGCAGAUGGAAGAUGAGCGAAGACAUGGGGAGCAGUAUAAGGAUCAGGCAGACAAGAGCACUUCCCGCACGAAGCAGCUCAAGCGGCAGCUAGAGGAGGCUGAGGAGGAAGCUCAGCGGAUCAACGCAUCGCGUCGCAAGCUGCAGAGAGAGCUCGAGGAAGCCACGGAGCUGAACGAGACUAUGAGCCGCGAGGUCAACACACUGAAGAGCAAACUUAGGCGUGGAAAUGAACCACCACUCACCAGCUCACGAAGAUCAGGGGGUGGAAGGCGUGGACUGGUGGACAGCACCGCGAUAGAAAACUCUGACGAGGACGGACGAAAUGCCGACUUCAACGGCACAAAGCCUCACGAGUAACAACCAUUAGGAGCUCCACAGUAUAAACGUGGGGGGAAAUCCAUGCACAAAAAAGGGUAUGAAUAAGUAGCUCUUUAACAAAGGUCACACACGGUAUUAAACAAGACACAAUCUCUUUCUAUAUGACUGUCCCCACAAACAAAACAAUUCACACGCAUGUAGCCAAAACUAUAUUUUAUUUUUGCUAUAUAUAUUUGAAAAGUUUCUAAAAGAAGCCCGAGACUUUAUAACAUGGUUGAUGUACCUUCAAAGUAUAAUACAUUCGCAUCGCCCUCAAAAUAAGAUGGGGGUUUUGCCUUAUUCAUUGGCACCCUCCUGAAGAGGCACAUGGUUUUUUUUUCCUACAAAGAUAAAAUGGGCACCAAGCACAUUACUGUACUAUCUAGAAUACAUUCUGCCUUAGCAGACCCCAGCAACACUGGUCACAACGUUUUAUAUAAAGUGCUUUGUUUCAGCCACUUGAACUACUGGAUUUAAAAGGAAAAAAAAAACGUGUUUGCAAGUAAUAUAUUCGUAACAUGCUCCUGAAUGUUGUGCACAAAGUCUUUCCAGAGCUGGUUUUGAACCACUAUCACAAAUAAAGGGCCCCGUAUCACAAACCCAAA